AAGUUGCUUCGCUGUUCUCUCGACUUGGUGCCAAAGUUGGGCCAUUUGCGCCACGGAGUUCACACCAUGUCAUCCGAGUGGCGGAAAGCCUCGGAGCACUUCGUUUGCGGUGGGAUCGCUGGGAUGGUUGCAAGGACGGUGAUUGCGCCAGUGGAGAGAGUUUGGGGCAGAGAGUUCAACGCUGAUCAACAGAGCAAGCAUUAAUGGUAAGUGAUGUUUGUAGAAGACAUGCCUUAGAUUUGCCUUCGAACCGAUCUUAACAUCUCCUGGGCGACCAAGAUCAAAAUCAUUUACCAGAUCAAUUCCAAAAACAGCGGCCGUGAUCACGGCUGGCUGCGGAUCAUCACCAAAGUGAUGGACGAGAGUGGUGGAGGCCUUCAAAAGGUCACAGCCUUUUGGAAAGGCAAUUCGGUGGCGGUGCUCCGUGUUUUUCCUUAUCUUGGAGUUCAACUGGCCUCGAACGAGUUUUUCCGUCGACAAUUAAAAACACUGGCCAAAGGUCCAGUUGCUGUCACCCCAGAGGUGCAAAAGUUUUUCGCUGGAGGAGGAGCCGGUUUGACGGCUGUGCUUUGCACAUAUCCCUUGGAUUUGGCCCGUGCGCGCAUGGCACUGCUUAUGGAACAAGGUGCCCAAGAGAUGCCGUCCAUGGCUGGCACUGUCCGGGAGGUCUGGCGCCAGGGAGGGGUUCGGGCUCUCUACUCUGGUGCUGGUGUCUCGAUGACGGGUGCAGCCAUCUAUUGUGGCUUGAAAUUUGCAAGCUACGAUGCUUCGAAGGAGUUGUGCCAGAAAUAUUUGCUGCCAGAUCCUGAAGGACCUCCAAGCCCUUUCCAUCGCGCCAUGAGCGGUGGCCUUGCUGGCGUCCUGGCGCAGACCUUUGUGUAUCCGUUUGACGUGCUGCGAAGGCGGCUUCAGACCGGUGGCCCUGCGAUGCUGGAGAAAUAUCCCGGCAGCAUAAGAGGCCUUUGGCGGCUUUACCAAGAGGAAGGCGUUGUUCGUGGCCUCUACAGGGGCUGCGCAUUGAACUACGUUAAGACAGUGCCGAACACCACAGUCUACUUGGCACUCUUUGACUAUCUGAAAGACAGCUUUUGUUCAGCAUGAAUCUCCAUGGACUUCACUGCCGCA